CUUAGCAAGGAACAUCAAGAUACUGUCAUGGAAACUGGGGUGCAGAGGUGGGCGGUUAACGUUGGUAUGUGGAGCCCUUCCGAAGCACAAUUCUCCGGAUUUGUUGGACUGCUACCUAUUGCCGAGCGCCCCCUUGUGUUGAGGUAUGUUAAGUUUGAGGAUAAAAAGAAAGCCCUGGUAAGCAGACUGUUACAGCGCAAGCUUGUACACUCACUCCUCGACGUUGAGUACGGUGAUAUUGUCAUUGAGCGCACAAGAGAAGGCAAGCCUUACCUGGCCAAUCAAAUUGACUGCUGUGAAAUGCCAAAUUUCAACUUCAAUGUCAGUCACCAAGGCAAUUUUGUCGUUUUGGCAUCAGAGCCUCUCUGUAUUGUUGGCGUUGAUGUUAUGACUCAUCAACCAGUGAGGGAGGAGUUACCCGUAGCCUUUUUUGAGCCCUUCAAAAAUUGUUACACUGAUUUUGAAUGGAAUAUGGUUAUGAGCGCUGGACCCAAAUCCGUCGCUUUAUUUGAUCAAUUUUACAGAUACAGAUUGUGGUGUCUGAAGGAAGCAUAUAUUAAAGCUAUUGGAAUCGGGCUAGGAUUUGAUCUGCUGAGAGCAGAGUUUUUCCAUCCAUCAGGAAACAUAUGGAGUGAUGUAGCCCGUGUACGAAUUGACUGUGAAGAGAAGGAAGACUGGAUUUUCUGUCUUCAUAAACUGGAUGAUGAUCAUUGGGCAUGCGUAGCCAAGGGGGCCCCGGAAGAUGCAGUUGAGAGCUAUAGGAAGACUUUGCAAAGGAUCAGCUUUGAUAGUACUUCUCUUAGAGCUGCAGUGGAAGCACCUGAGAAACAAUUCCGAAUACUAGAAGUGGGGGAUCUGGUUCCACAUAACUACAAAAUGGAUUUGGAGAAUUCUUGUUAAUGAAUUACUAGUUUUAAGUUAGAGAAAGUUCGAGGUAUGAAAGAGCUGGACCUUAGAGCCACCAGGCUCAAGUGGUGUAGACAUGCUAAUACAGUUUGAAAUUUAGGAGUAAAUUCUGGAGAAAUUUGAAAAGUGAAAAGUGAAAAGUCACACUGUAAAAGAAAUGUUUACAUUAGACAAAUGUUAC